AUGACGGUGGAGAACUACCCGGCCCACGCGGACAAAGGCGCUUCCAACGGGGCCAUCGGCUCGCCGCCGCACGUGGCGAUCGAGCUGCCCUCUGGCGACGGGGGAUCCCUCGCUGCUGAGCAGCCCCGGGGCGCCUCCGGCCGGCUGGGCAGCUGCUUGCGGGCCAACCUGCUGGUGCUGCUGACCGUGGCCGGCGUGGUGGCCGGCGUGGCGGUGGGGCUGGGCGUCAGGCAGCUGCCCGGUGGCGGCUUGAGCAAGACUGAGAUCCUGCUCUUCUCCUUCCCCGGGGAGCUGCUGCUCCGCCUGCUGAAGAUGAUCAUCUUGCCUCUGGUGGUCUGCAGCCUGGUGGCCGGCGCGGCCAGCCUGGACCCGGCUGCCCUGGGGCGCUUGGGCGGCUGGGCCAUGCUCUUCUUCCUCCUCACCACCUUGCUGGCCUCCUCCAUCGGCGUCACCUUGGCCUUCAUCAUCAAGCCCGGAGAGGGCGCCUUGGCCCCCAAGCUCUUCGGGGAGGACGUGCCGGAGGCCAAAAACGUAGUCGACUCCUUCCUUGAUCUCCUCAGGAACAUCUUCCCCUCCAACCUGGUGUCGGCUGCCUUCCGAUCGUAUGCAACCAGUUAUAAGUGGGAGAUAAUCAAGAAGAACGCAACAGAAAACAUAACAGGAGUGAAAAAUGUAACUGAGACUGAGAUGCAGUUGAAGAUCCCCGUCGGCGCUGAGGUUGAAGGGAUGAACAUCCUGGGCCUGGUGGUGUUUGCCAUCGUCUUUGGCAUCGCUCUGCGGAAACUCGGGCCUGAGGGAGAGAACCUGAUCAAGUUCUUCAACUCCUUCAAUGAAGCCACAAUGGUGCUCGUCUCCUGGAUCAUGUGGUAUGCCCCGUUGGGUAUCAUGUUCCUGGUCGCUGGCAAGAUCGUGGAGAUGGAGGACGUGGUGGUUCUUUUCACCAGCCUGGGCAAGUACAUCUGCUGCUGCCUCGUGGGCCACGCCAUCCACGGCCUGAUUGUCCUGCCGGUCAUCUACUUCAUCUUCACCCGCAAGAACCCCUACCGGUUCCUGUGGGGCAUCUUCACGGCCCUGGCCACCGCCUUCGGCACCUCCUCCAGCUCUGCCACGCUGCCCCUGAUGAUGAGGUGCGUCGAGGAGAAGAACGGCGUCUCCAAGCACAUCAGCCGCUUCAUCCUGCCCAUCGGGGCCACCGUCAACAUGGACGGGGCGGCCCUCUUCCAGUGCGUGGCUGCCGUCUUCAUCGCCCAGCUCAACAACUUUCCUCUCGACUUCAUCCAAGUCAUUACCAUCCUUGUCACGGCAACGGCGUCCAGCGUCGGAGCUGCCGGGAUUCCCGCGGGCGGCGUCCUCACCCUCGCCAUCAUCUUGGAAGCGGUGGGGCUGCCCACCAAUGACAUCUCCCUCAUCCUGGCGGUGGAUUGGCUUGUGGACCGCACCUGCACGGUCUUGAACGUGGAGGGUGAUGCCUUUGGCGCAGGACUCCUGCAGGUCUACUCCGAUAAGACCAUGGACAAAGCCGGUGCUGCAGACCCAACGGAGAAGAAUGCCCUGGAUGUCAGCAAUGGAGUGAGGCUGGAGGAGGGCUCCCCGCUGAUCAGGAGAGACAGUCCUGCCCUCUUAGAAGGCGUCGAUUCUUGCGAGAAAGAAUCAGUGAUGUAACAGCCAGCCCGAGAAAGAGGCUGGACUUCUUGGGAGAUUUUUUUCUUCUUCUUCUUCUUUUUUUUUUAAAAAAAUUAGGGUUCCGUUUUUAAGAACAGCGCUCAAAUCUGGUCCGACCUUUACGACUUGAAUUUCUCCUAAGAAGGGGGCUGUUGGUUUGGUGACGGGGAACUUUUCAAUUGAGACCCUGCUAAGCAACGCCCCUUUCCGCCUUUUUACGUCCAACUGCUCACUCUUCACGCAACGCUUUUAAACUUUAAAAACUUUUUAAAAUAAUGAUAAUAAUGAGAAGUGCUCAGGUGCUCAGUCCUGCCUGGAAAUCACUCCCUUUCACCCAGAAACUUCGUCCUUUAAGGAGAGGGGUUGUAGUGGUGGCUCUAGUUGUUCACUGGCAGGAGAAACGGCACUCUGUAUCUCCCCAGAGGCACUCUACUUUGCACGUUCCAGGCUGAACUCUACGUUUUUAAUUCACAAUGCAACAAUUUGGCGGCGGCGACUUCCCUGGGGGUGUCUUAAACACUCCUUCCCCUGUUGUGGACCUCCCACUGUCUGCUGCUUUCUGUUUUAUUUUCAAUGUAUUUUGGACCAAGCAAGCAGAAAGAAGAGCCUUCCCGUGCCAAGCGGUUUCCGUCUCCGUCCGUCCGGGCACCACCUGUGCGCUCCUAUUUGCCGUUGGGAGAGCGGUGACUCGGCAGGUGAGAAGUGAAUCCCAUUUCGUCUCCGUGAAGAUGCCUCCGGAAUCCAAGGACUAAAGCACUGCUUGUCAGGCAGCGAACAACUCUUGUCAAAUCGGGGACUGGGCAAGAAGAGGAAGAGACAUUUUUCUUCCUCGGUUUCUUAGACCGCCAGCCCUCUCUUAGAUUCCAUAUGCUGAGAUGGAGCUCUAGUGAAUGAGAGUCACCAGCUGUGCCUCUGGAAUUCCCAUGACUGCUGUCGCAGCCAACUUAUAUCAGUUGCUUAAAACCUGUAUCCUCCCCCCCGC